UCACGGCAUUUCUCAGUCCAGCCUUUCGAUUUCUUCAAUCCAUAAAGAAUUUGAGCUUAAACGUAACAGUAUUUCAAAGAUAGAAACGCAUAUAUGCGUUUUUGCUGUUCAAAACCUGAUAAAAAAAACAAAAACAAAUAAUGCGUUUGGUUUUGCUGUAUUGUUGGAGCAAAUUGCUCGCUGCAUUUUGAGUUUUGCACCAUUUUAAUCUCUCCACAAAAUUUUCAUAUGCAUAUUUCUACAGAUACAGCUGCCACGGUUUCUUUCAUUUGAAACAGAUUGAUUCAUAGAUAUCUCGGCCAUGUAACGAAUUCGGACUGCCUACUAGUAGAUGAAAAACCACAACUUUCUCUUAUUCUGCGCAAGAGCAGCAGCGCUUUCAUGGAAACAUAAACCCGCAUUUGUCCGCAGUUUUCAUCACCCUCUACGUUGCCUCACUAAUACCAACACCGACAUCUACUCGUGUAACAGAAUCAUCAGUGACCUUCUCAAAUCUGGGUCUCUCGAUUCCGCCGCCAAGCUGUUCGAUGAAAUGACUGAACGAGAUGUUAUUACUUGGAACAUUAUGAUUUCUGGGCAUUAUCGUCGUGGGUUUCUGAGAGAAUCCUUAAGCUUGUACAACCAGAUGGUCUCCCAAUCUUUCGUCGAGAAUUCGUCGACGUUUUCAACUCUUCUGAGUAUCUGCAGCUCUGCAGGGUUGUUCAGAGAAGGACGCGAGGUUCAUUGCAGAGCGGCCGUUCUCGGGUUUAGUACGAACGUGUACAUUGGUUCCGCCCUCGUUGAUCUCUAUCUGCGAAUGGGCUGCGCCGGCAUUGCUCUAAGGCUGUUCGCUACAUUGCCGGAGAGAAGCUUGGCCACGUGGAACGUUGCUCUGCGCGGAUUGUGUGAAACGGGACGAUCAAAAGAGUUGCUGAGAAUGCAUAAUGAGAUGAAGGUGGAAGGGCUGGAGCCUAAUGGGGUCACCUUCUGCUAUCUGAUUCGGGGCUGUGGUUACGCGAGGUGUCUCGAAGAAGGAAUGCAGCUGCAUUGCUGUGUAAUCAAGGGAGGAUUGGUCGAUUCAAAUUUGUUCGUGGCCAAUGCUUUGGUGGACUUCUACUCUGCCUGCGGGUGCUUGGCGGAGACGAGGAAGUCGUUCGAGGCUAUACGGCCUCCAGACGUGAUUUCUUGGAACUCUAUGGUGUCCGUCUGUGCAGCAAGUGCGCGCAUACACGAAGCUAUUAUCAACUUCCGAGGAAUGCAUUUGUUUGACAAGAAGCCGUCGGCUUGUUCGUUCUUGGGGUUCUUGAAACUAUCCAGCUCGAGUAGAAAUCUAGUAUUCGGGCGGCAAACUCAUUGCUGCGUCGUCAAGGCAGGGUUCGAAGCUGUGCUUCUGCGAUCCGCCUUGAUCGACAUGUACGGGAAAUGCGGAGAUAUUGAUGGCGCGGUUCGUGUGUUCGACAGCGCUCCUGAGAGGACUCUCGAGUGCUGCAACUCUCUCAUGACGGCUUUGCUCAAGUUCGAUCUCGUGGAGGAUGUGGUUGCCCUGUUUGGGGUGAUGGUUGAUGAGAGGAUUGGGUUUGAUGAGGUCAGUCUUUCUUCGUCUUUGAAAGCUACGGCGUCUUCUUCAUUUCCUGCUUGCUGCUCGUUGCUGCACUGCUGCGCGAUCAAAUCAGGUUUCGAAUCCGAUGCUGCCGUGGCGUGCGCGCUGAUUGAUGCGUACUCGAGGUCCGGUGAAGUCGGAUCCUCCCGCCGCCUCUUCGCCGGAAUCCCCUCCCCAAAUCUAGUCUGUUUCACGGCGGUUAUCAGCGCGUUAGCGCGUAACGGAAUGGGGAAGGAAUGCGUUGCGAUGCUGGAUUUGAUGAUUGAAAACGGCGUGGAGCCUGAUGAGGUGACGUUCCUGAGCGUUCUAACGGGUUGCAGCCAUUCCGGACUGGUGGAGGAGGGAAGAGCGGUUUUCCACUCGAUGCGAACUCGUCACGGGCUGCAACCGGAGAGGCGGCAUUACUCGUGUAUGGUUGAUCUUCUAGGUCGCGCCGGUUUGCUAGACGAAGCGAUGCGGGUGGUGGAAGGCACUCCGUGGGAGGAGGAUUUCGUGAUCUGGAGCUCUGUGUUGAGGAGUUGCAGAGUUCAUCGAGAUGAACAAUUGGGGAAUCGAGCUGCCGAGAUGCUGAUGCGCCUCCAACCGGAGAAUCCUUGCAGUUGGUUGCAGGCGUCUUACUUCUACUCCGAUAUCGGAGAUUUUGAGGCCGCCAAACAUUACCGGGAGAUCGCGGUGGCGAGGAAGGUGAGGAGGGAAAUAGGUCGGAGCAUGAUUCAAGUGCGUGAAUCGUGAUCACUGUUGAAGACGACGAUGUUUCCAGCUGUAAAAUAGUGUAAACUCGCAGGGGCAUUUUCGGUAUUUCAGAUAGCGUCAUCGCCCUUGCCUUGUUGUCCUAGUUGGACUUCUUCCCCUUUAUUUCGACGCUAUAAAACUGCUCCAUUUCCA